AUGACACACGAUCACUAUGAGAUCCUCUCCCUCCCAUUCUCAGGGUCCUCUCCCUCGCUAUCGAAACAGCAGCUCAAAAUCGCCUACCACAAGGCCCUCCUAAAACACCACCCCGACAAAGCGUCCUCCGACCCCAGCCUACAAACCGAAUCGCAAUCCCUACCUCGAAGCGCGAGCAACCCGUCCAGCGACGGCGCCCACACAUCCUACACCAUCGACCAGAUCACAACCGCCUACAAGACCCUUUCAGACCCGCAGCUGCGCGCGGAAUACGAUCGCGGCCUCCGACUCGAUCGGUCGAAGGUGGCGGAGCGGGAGAAGACAGGCACGGUGUUCCAUACGGGUUUGGAGGUGGUGGAUCUAGAGGAUCUAGGAUGCGAUGAGGACGCAGAGCAGGCGGUCUGGUAUCGGGGGUGUCGGUGUGGUGACGACAAGGGGUUUCUGGUCACGGAGGACGAGCUGGAGAGGGAGGCUGAACAUGGCGAGAUCGUGAUCGGGUGUCGGGGGUGCAGUCUUUGGAUGAAGAUUCUGUUUGCGGUGGAUGAGGAUGAGGGAGAGGAGCAGAAGACUUGA